GCAGGCGCUCUAUUAAACACACAUUUUGCAGUUUCCUGGUUCAGAUAGGAACGGAAGUGUUAUUCUCUCUCUACUUCCUUCACUAUUUGAUUCGCUUGGCGCCAAGGGUAAACCGAACACAUAGAUUAUUACAAUACAUGGGCAAAUUAAAUACAUGCCUUAAACCUCAGUGCACAAUACAGCACUUACCGGUCCGGCCUUUCUCAGACUUUUCUUUGCCAGGAUAAGUCGGACAUCUGCUUCUCUGCUUCUGCUUGUUUGAUUGCUUGUUUAUUUUUUUAAGCGAUAGCCAUGGCGACAGCGGAGGCACUCUUCGAGGAUGUAGUUCACAUGGCACGGGUGUUCGUUAUCGUCCAGAGUCCACACUUGUCAAGCUGGGAGCCGCCUCACGUUCGCAGUGCCUUUCGCUGGGCAGCCUUUUUCGAACAGGUACACCGCCAGGCUGACUUCAACCCACAUGUGCGAAGAAUUGUGGAGGACGCCUUGGGGACAGUCCACUCCGAAAUUCGCCGGGUUUUCCCUCGGGAUUACCGACAGUUAACUUUCGAGGAUCUUGAACACUGUCAGGGCGUGCUACUGACCCAGCUACUCUGCAACCCUUCGCUACCUAAUGCAGUUUCGUCCGAGCUGUUUAGUUUGAUCAAUCCGUGGGACGACCCUGGAAAGCAGAACGUGGACUAUUUAGCAGACGUUAUGAGGCAGCGGGCUGCCGCGUCUGUGCUAUCCGAGGCUGCGCAUCCGCACAUUAAUGGCCUGUCUCUAGGGACUAGCGAUAUAGAGACAGCGGCGAAGAUGCUUAUGAGGUGGCUGCGGGACAGUCUCGGUUAUCAAGGCACAGUAGAUAGAGUGUUGGACCUCAUGGAUUCACUCUUACUGCCAUCCCUGGCAGCGGACACAAAUCAAAGCUCAUACUUUUGUCCAUUAAUGGCAUCGUCUUUGUUAAUAGCCGAGGAAGAGUUCGGAUCAGCACCUUUUAAACUCUUGCUUGAGUGGUUGAUGAGGAACAAUUACUUAAUGCGUAGGCUGUGUGAAAAGUUGCAUUUAACUCCUGCAGGUGGCCUGGCCCAAAGAUACCCAUCAUUCAGGGCUGCCUACAUCGGCUUCCUGACAGAGCAGGGCCGGUUCAUGCACUACGACGUGGUUCUUAGAGAGUGGGUUCACACAUCAGACGGACUGGACUGGAACAAUUUACUGGCGCGUUUUCGCAUCUUGCUGGAAGGACCAGAGGAAGUUAAAAAAGAAACGGAAAGUGCGUUGUUGUCCCUGAAGGUUGCGGACGGUGAUUUUAACGUAUGGGGCCUUAGUGUUUGGACUGAUUUGCUUAUUACUUUAAAGAAAAUGUGAAUGUAUCUCUUGUGGCUAAGUGGAUGUGUGGAGUGUUGAAAACUGGUGCAAUUCUUUGAGAAAUACUUUAUUGUUCUACUUUCUCUUCGAUAAUUUAAAAUCGCAGUCAGUUAUGAAGGUACAAAUGAAAACCUUGAGCCAAGUAAACCUCUUUUUAAAAUAGCUAAUUAUUUUUAAAGGCGUGCACCUCUCUUUAAAUGUUUAUUUAGAGAAAAAAAAGUCGCAUUAAGUUUAUUGUGAGCAAUACAUAGAUAUGGUUAUAGCUAGCAUUAUCUCAAUUAUUUAGGGUGUUGCUAAUACAUAGACUUGGACAGAAUGGAAAAAUAUCUACAGUGUGUCACAGUUCUAUAGUUGUAGGUAAGUGGUUACUCAUUCAUCAUCCUGUGACCAUUAUUAUUUUUCAAACCUGGAUCCUCUUUAAAAUGUGACAGUGGAAUCUGGUAUUAGAAUGUUUUUCUGUGUAAUUGUUAAAACUUUAUCUUUGCUGCAAAAACAUGUAAAGCAAGGCAUAUCACACUUGGUCAUAAAAUACAACUUUGGCACUUGUUUUUGUUUCAACCCAUUUUAGGAAGUGUUUCUGUUAAAUAAGAGCAGGAAUGUCUAAUUAUGUUGAAUCAAGGACUAACCAUUGAUAUUUUUUAAAAUUUAGAAAAAGACAAAUACAUUUUUCUAUGAAUUGCCUCAAUUUUCAGUACACAUGACUGCCUUAACUUAUUGAGUACUUUUUAUUUUGUUGUAAGGAGACCUUUGCACUGUAGUUACCUUUUAAAAAUAACAAUUUUCAUUGGGCACCAGUAAAAAUAAAAAUAUAUUAAAAGUACUAGGAAAAGUAUCCUAUAAGCAUAAAUUUCAUCAACAACAAACUUAUGUUCCACCUUUCAAAAGUAACACAACCCCAAGGUGAUUUACAAGUAGAACAUAGAAUAAUUAACUGAAGCAAUGUUGUUAAAUAUGACUUUCUCACCGUGACAUAGAAAGUUAAUGGUUACAGUAGAACUGGCAGCCUUGUCAAUUUACAGCCCAACACUAGGCAGUUCUUCUUUAAGACUAGUCCGAUGCUUCAGAUUUACCAUUGUUUGUUGGCACUUGUAUACUUAUUAUCAAGUAAGAGCUUUAUUAAUAGUAGGUGAACAUUUUUUUUCUUUGCUGUGGGAUAAAAUUAGAGACAUUCUAUCUGGCACACCACAAAAAUACUAAAUAUUUUGCUUUAAAAAGCUGCAAAAACUUAUGCCUUUGUUAUAGAUUAAUUGGAAAUGUAAACAAAGAAUGGGUAUUUUUGUUUAAUGAUGUUAGAUGUUUAAGGAUUUAACAUUAUAGACUGCUACAGUAACUAAAUAUAAACAGUAAAACAUCAAACCUUUUUAAUAAAAUUGAUUGGAAAAGGAAUCUACUGUCAUACAGAUGAUUAAGGAAUAAAGUUGUCUUUAUUAAAAUGCAUCAUCCAUUUUCAGUGAUCUUAAUACUUUCACCAUAUACUGGUAUCCUUUCAAGGCUGGAAAAAAUCCAUCCAUCCAUACUUGAUAAAACCGGCUUAAUUCAGUUCAUAUUUGAAAGGAGCCAACACUUUAUCAUAGUAGUAUUUGGUGCUAGGUUGGAGGGUUGCCAGUAUGUGCAUUAAUGUGUAUCUUAAUUAAAUCUUGAUUUUAUUGCAGUCUUCAAGUGAAAAUGAAAGAAGUCUUAAUUAUCAUAAGCCACUGUAAUUCGAGAUGAUCAUAAGAAAUAUGACUUAUGUCAUGAUGUAGAAGUACAUAACGAACAAAAAUAUUUGCGUCAUAUAUUUGAAAUAUUAAAAUGCGUGCUUCAUUUUAAAUGUUUUAAAGUUUAAAUAUUCCCAAUUUUAUUAGAAAUUUGUCAUAUUUCUCCCUUAGACAGAGGUCCAUAGAGAGCUAGAUCCCUAGUAAAGGAUCAAAAAUAAUUCAUAUUCUUAAUCACUGACCUUGAAAUAGUCUAAAAUAAUCCGCCGCUGAUUUCAAACUGUUCAUAGGUAAUUCUUAUGAACACAAUUAUACAUUAUUAUUUUUUAUUUUUUUUUUAUUAAUUAUCAAAAUGAAGUGCCACCAAUUCAGUCAGUAAUUGUUUAAUGCUAAAUUUUUCUGGUACUAGCCAAAUGUUGUCCCUGCCUUGCGUCUGAUGAUUGCUGGGAUAGGCUCCUGCUCCCUUGCAACCCUGACCUGGAUAUGCUGGUUUCAAAAUGCAUUAAUGUUUCUCUUAAACAUCUUUCUCCUCAGUCUUCUGUGUCCAUUUCUAAAGGUCUUUUGAAAGUUUCACGUGGCAGCAAAUUGGAGUCAUUGCUUUUGUCACAUGGCUUCAAAUGAUUAGGAGUUGUUAAUUAAUGUGGAAUUUGCUUUU